CUUGCUCUUUGAUUGGCUUAAAUGAGCCAGAAUUUGCCAAGCAGAGAACUUCUCAGUCUGCUCAGAGCGGACUACCAACUAGGGAGGAUAAUAGGGGCAAGGGUUUCCAAGCCCGAGUAAACCAGACAAGUUCUCCCGUCCAGCCUCGGCUGCCACCUGCAGGUUGCUUGGGCUCUGGCCAUGUGGCUGCCCCUGCUGCUGGGAGUCUUGCUCUGGGCAGCGCUGUGGUUGCUCAGGGACCGGCAGAGCCUACCCGCCAGCGACGCCUUUGUCUUCAUCACUGGCUGUGACUCAGGCUUCGGCCGGCUUCUGGCCCUGAGACUGGACCAGAGAGGCUUCCGAGUCCUGGCCAGCUGCCUGACCCCCUCAGGGGCAGAGGACCUACAGCGGGUGGCCUCCUCCCGCCUCCACACCACCCUGCUGGAUGUCACGGAUCCCCAGAGUGUCCAGCGGGCAGCCAAGUGGGUGGAAACACAGGUUGGAGAAGCAGGGCUUUUUGGUCUAGUGAAUAACGCUGGUGUGGCCGGGAUCAUUGGGCCCACCCCAUGGCUCACACAGAACGAUUUCCAUCGGGUGCUCAACGUGAAUACACUGGGUCCCAUCGGUGUCACCCUUGCCCUACUGCCCCUGCUGCAGCAGGCCCGGGGCCGGGUGGUCAACAUCACCAGUGUUCUGGGUCGCCUGGCAGCCAAUGGCGGGGGCUACUGUGUUUCCAAGUUUGGCCUGGAGGCCUUCUCUGACUGUCUGAGGCGGGAUGUGGCUCAUUUUGGGGUCCGAGUCUCCAUCGUGGAGCCUGGCUUCUUCCGAACCCCUGUGACAAAUCUCAAGAGUUUGGAGGAUACACUGCAGGAGUGCUGGGCACGGCUACCUUCUGCCACACAGGCCCGCUAUGGGGAGGCCUUCCUCACCAAAUACUUGGAAGUACAGCAGCGCGUCAUGAACCUGAUCUGUGAUCCAGACCUGACCAAGGUGAGCAGGUGCCUGGAGCAUGCCCUCACUGCUCGUUACCCCAGAACCCGUUACAGCCCAGGCUGGGACGCCAAGCUGCUCUGGCUGCCAGCCUCCUACCUUCCAGCCAGCCUGGUGGAUGCUGUGCUCACCUGGCUCCUUCCCAAGCCUGCCCAGGCAGUCUGCUGAAUCCAGCCUGCCAGCCUUCUGUCCCCACCCAGGUACUGCCUAAUGCCUGGCAUAAAACAUGUACUGAAUAAAUGUCUUGCUUAAAAAACAAAAAA